CCCAGCGACCCGACUGUCAGGGAGAGAGGAUUCAGCCUCUGUCAUUACGCUCUGCCACUGAAUGAUGCCUUCAUUCCCGAUUGAUGGAGAUGUUCAAGGAACAUCCAGUCUGACACUGAAGGGCGGGCUGCCAUUUAAAAACACCGGAGUUGGGAAAAGAAACAUUAGAAUGAAGAAAAAGAAGAAAGGAGCUAUCACAGCAAAUUUCGCUGGCACUAAAUAUCAGAUCGUGCGUUUAGCGAUAAUGGAAGCAGGAUUUGCUCGAGCCCGAGAGGAAGACGACACUGCCAACCUGAUCUGGAAUGAUGCAGCCGUCCAGCAGGAGAGAAUAGCUGAUCUGAGGAACUAUCAGAGGAUCAACCAUUUUCCAGGAAUGGGAGAGAUUUGUCGCAAGGACUGUCUGGCAAGAAACAUGGCCAAGAUGAUCAAGAGCCAGUCUCAGGAAUACUGCUUCACCCCUAGGACCUGGAUCUUCCCUGCAGAGUAUACCCAGUUCCAGAACUGUGUGAAGGAGUUACGAAAGAAGCGUAGACAGAAGACCUUCAUAGUCAAGCCAGCCAAUGGGGCGAUGGGUCAUGGAAUCUCAUUGAUAAGAAGUGGCGAGAAACUCCAAGCACAGGAACACUUGAUAGUGCAGGAAUACCUCGACAAGCCAUUCCUCCUGGAGGGUUACAAGUUUGACCUACGCAUCUACAUCCUCGUGACCUCUUGUGACCCCUUGCGCAUAUUCUUGUACAAUGACGGGCUGGUACGGAUGGGCACAGAGAAAUACCACGCUCCGACUGAAUCGAACUUGAGCCAGCUCUUCAUGCACCUGACCAACUACUCCGUCAACAAGCAUAACGAGAACUUUGAACGGGAUGAGCAGGCAGACAGAGGCAGCAAGCGAUCAAUCAGGUGGUUCACCGAAUUCCUUCGCACCAACGAUUACGAUGUGGGCAAGUUCUGGAAUGAUGUCUCUGACCUGGUUGUAAAGACAUUGAUUGUGGCGGAACCGCAUGUCCUGCAUGCCUACCGCAUGUGUCGACCUGGUCAGCACCCGGGCAGCAACAGCGUCUGCUUUGAAGUUCUCGGCUUUGACAUUAUUUUGGACAGGAAGCUGAAACCCUGGCUCCUGGAGAUUAAUCGUGCUCCUAGCUUUGGAACAGACCAAAAGAUAGACUUUGAAGUGAAAAAAGGAGUGUUAGUCCAUGCACUGAAGCUGCUUAACAUACGCACCAGCGACAGGAGGAAGAAUCUAGUUCAGCAGAAAGCGGAGGCUCAGAGGCGACUGUACGGGCAAGGCUCGGUGAAGCGCCUGUCAGCUGGGUCCUCGGAGUGGGAGAAACAGCGGCACUCGCUGGAGAGGAGGAGAGAGGAGCUGAAGGAGAGGCUCGCGCAAGUCCGUAAGCAGAUUUCGAGGGAAGAGCAUGAAAAUCAAAAUUUGGGUAACUACAGGCGGAUCUACCCUCCCGAUGAUAAGCAGUUGCUGGAAAAGUAUGAGAGCCUCAUAUGUGUCGCCUUCCAGACCUUCCUGGCUGGCAGAGCAGCCUCACUCCAGAAGGAACUCAGCAACCCAUUGAAUCACAUGAAGGAGGAAGACAUCCUGGAUCUCCUGGAACAGUGUGAAGUGGACGAUGAAAAACUACUGGGGAAAUCACCGCGUCAGAGAGGGCCAAAGCAGCUAUUCUCAAUGCCUGAGGCCACAGAGCCCACCUCAAGGAAGUAUGAUGAUAGUAGCAGUAGUGGUAACAGCAGCUGCAGCUCGGAUACUGAGGACGAGGAGCUAAGGGAUAAAAAAUUUAUGUAUGUUCGAAAAGGAAGGAAGUAUGAAUCUCCAGAACGAUCAGGGAGGAAACAAUCGAAGCCUCCAACCAGAAGCACAAAACCACCACCUUCAGUAUUGCCAACCACAUCUUUGCCAGUCAGACGCUCUGUAUCCUGCCCUCGGUCAAUCUCUACCUCGGCAACACAUUCCCAUUCCCAUGUACCAGAGCCCCGAUCCACUUCUGCCAAACCCACGGGGCCCUCGUCCAGACUUCAUUCUGACACAAGGUCGCAAUCUCUGAAUCGUAACGUGAGCACUCAGCGGAUGCCACAUGCUACCAGCCUGGGCACCAUCCAUCCAGCACCGCGUGUCUCCAUUCUAAAUUUUAGGACCAAGGAACAAGAGGACGAAUUGACCAAAGAAAUGCUGGUGGCCCUCAAUGAGAUGAGAAUCAAAUUCCCAGGGAAAUCGAACGAGGAAGCUGAGGUUCUGCUGGAUGAAAUACUAGACAACUGGAAGUAUCACAAACCAAAAGUGGCUUCUUACUGGCUAGUUAAACUGGACUCCACAAAGCAGCGUAAGGUGUUGGAUAUUGUGAGGACCAACAUUCGUUCCAUCUUUCAGCGGGUAUGGAAGGUUCACGACGUUGAGAGUCUCCGACUGUAUCGCAUCUUCAAUCGGGUUUUUAACCGCUUGCUCUGGAGCCGUGGGCAAGGGCUGUGGAACUGUUUCUCCAAUUCAGGGAACUCCUGGGAAACCAUGUUCAACCGAAGCGCAGAGACGUCCACCUCUCAGGAGCUGCAGUGCUGUCAGAGGCUGGUGCAGCUUUGCAAAGAUUGCCUGCUCGUGGUUUACAGAUAUGCGGCUGACUCCAAAGGGUCCUUAUCUGGCUUCAGCCAUGAAUGGGAAGACAAUAGGUACUUGCCUCCCCCUGGAUACCAGCUGACCACGAAGACUCUACCAACCGGCUUCAGCCGCAGUCCCACAGGGAUGCCUCGCUCCCGGAGCCUGCACACCGGCGGGCUCAACCAGUACUGA